CUUUGCACGGGGAGUGUCAGCAGCACUGACCCCACUGAUAAGAUAACACACAGCCCAGCCUGCUACACAAACUAAUAUCACAAUACAGCAGCAUGCAUGAGGUGUUCACUGUCAGUGUAUAGUAUACGUCAACGUUAGUCCGAUAAAAAUAAUACAUUAGCUUUGCUGUGCUGAGGAGAAGGCAACUGAGUGAGAGAACAUGUGGCUGCCCAUGCUUGGGAUGACCGCCCUGCCGCACCUGGGGGGGCUUUACGGCGGUUUCAUUACACGCAAAGAGGUGAAGAGCUGGUACCCAACCCUGAACAAACCCUCAUGGCGGCCACCAAAUGCUGCAUUCCCUGUAGUGUGGACCUGUCUGUACACAGGCAUGGGGUAUAGCUCCUACCUGGUGUGGAAGGAGCUGGGCGGUUUCACUGAGGAAGCGCUGGUUCCUCUAGGACUUUAUGGGCUGCAGCUUGCUCUCAACUGGAUCUGGACUCCCAUCUUCUUUGGUGCACAUAAGCUGAAAUUGGCACUCUUAGACAUUGUGCUUCUCACUGGGACCGUGGGGGCCACCAUGGUGUCUUGGUAUCCUAUCAGCAGAACGGCCACUCUGCUGAUGGCCCCGUACCUGGCCUGGCUUUGCCUCGCCACCUGCCUCAACUACCGCAUAUGGAGGGACAACAGAGAGGAGAAGGAAGAGUAGCUUUCUUUUGUUUGAAAAAAGGGCUUUUCUUUUGUAUGCAUUCAUGAUUAAGAGUUUUGUGUUUUAGUAACUGCUAUAACUCAAUUAAAAAUAAAGAUUUAUAUCCAAUCCA